CCUGCCUGCAUUAUUGACCGUCCGAUUGCGGCGCUGCCCGUUUUUUUUUUUCCAUAUGAGGAAGCAAUCGUUUCCUUUUUUAAUCGUUUAUAUUUUCACCUUCAUUUCUGCUUGCUGUCAACUCCCAAAGCUUCAGUUUCUACACCACCGAAGUAAGCAACUGAUCGAGCAGCUAGCUAGCUAUGAAUAAGAUCAAGAUUGAGAAGAUAGAAAACCUGCCGGCGAGGCAGGUGACGUUUUCAAAGAGGAGACAAGGGCUGUUCAAGAAAGCCGGAGAAUUAUCAGUUCUCUGCGACGCUGAGGUUGCUGUCAUCGUCUUUUCUUCUACUGGCAAGCUCUACGAGUCCUCCAGCUCCAGUACGAAGGAUGUCAUUGCAAGGUACAAGCUGCACACUGAAGAUGUGGAAGAGGGGGACCAGCAGCCACAUCCUGAGCUCCAGCUGGAGAAUGAUGAGUGCAUGAGGUUGAAUAAGGAACUUGCUGACAAGAUCCUCGAGCUAAGGCAGAUGGAGGGGCAGGAUCUAGAAGAGCUGACUAUAGAUGAGAUGCAGAGAUUGGAGAAUAGGAUUGAAGGAGGACUCAGCCGUGUACUUCAAGCUAAGGAUGAAAGUAUUAUGAGUCAGAUUCUGGCACUUGAAACAAAGGGAGCCGAGUUGACAGAAGCAAACAACCAAUUAAAGCAGAGGGUAAAUAAGUUAGGGAUGCUAUUCAAUGGAGAUGGAAAUAGAGCUAGUGGUGUUGCUUUGGAGUCGCAGAUCUCAACUGAUGAAGAAGAAGGUAUGGCAUCGGAAUUUGCCACAAGUUCCACCGGCUACUACGGUACUGGUUCUUCAACUUCUUCCCUUGAGGAUGACUCCUCUGACAACACCUUAUCUCUCAAACUUGGGCUUCCUCGCUGUCUCUAAAACAGGGAGGGAUAUAUGGCAUCACUAUUAAUUAGUGAAUAAGGUGGAAUUAUAUCAAGACACAAUGUUACAUCGUUGUAUGUAUGUCUUAAAUUGGGAACCAAAUUCACGGGCAUGACUAGGAGGGUAUCUCUGCAUUUUGAGUACUACUGGAUUUCACUACAAAAUAUGGGUCUUAAAAUGUUGGGAGCAAUGAUAGAUUAUACUCUGUUGCUCCAUGCGUGGACGCUUCUCCAAAAUGCAAGACCUAUAUAUAUCAUAUAUCCUAUGACUCGAUUGUGAAUGAUGCUCAUUUCAGUUGAUAUCUCUCUCUUGGAAGGUGAUGAACUUUUGUUUGGUGCAUAUACUAAAGCAUUUUGUUCAAGGUAAACACUGUGCAUCUGUUGAAUUGGUAGUUUAAAAUGGUAGAAGAGGAGACCAAUAUUUGAUGCGGAAAUGUAUAGCGAUCUGUUGAAAUCAUAGUAGGCAAAUGAAGACACUACAAAAAGGAAUUAUUAUAACCCUUUAAACAUUAUAGUUGCAUAUUUGAUUGGAGUUAUAUAUGUAAUUAAUCUGUAUUAAUUCUAUGUUCAUUUCUACUUUGAAUUUUCGAUGCAUAUGUUACCUAAUUGUUUGUAUUGGUCUUAUGCCUGCUCCUUUUAUAUUGGUUAUUCACUUUUGCAGGAAGGAUUUCAUUGUGUAGUUUAGUUGGUUGUCUAAUGUUAUUUCCUGCAACGUGAUCCAGUCAAAACCCCUCAGUCCUGAAUAUCAGACUUUGUUAGAGGAAUUGUCUGGAGAGUUUGAGCAAGCAUGAAAUGUAUUAUUCCAAGUGCAUAGGGUAAUGCUUUGAUGCAUAUUCAGACGGAUGAUGGAGUGUAAACAACCAUAUGAUGCAUUACAAAAGCGGCUGGCAGACGCCAGCAAACAAAAGCCACAGCAUCAGUCAUGCAAUGGAACUAUGGAAGCCAGCAGCCAAAGUCACGAAAAUAUUAAAAAGGGUUAGAGCUGCCAAACUCUGGAAUAUAUUAGAAGGGUUAGAGCUGCCAAACUCUGGAAAAUAUUAAACGGAUCAAUUGCGUUUUAAUUAAUUUUACGUGGAGUUCUGUACUUUUUGUCCUCUUGGACUUGCUUGGUUUUCUGCUCUUGUCGAACAGCUCAGUGAGGCCAGGGACGAUUCCAUCGUUUAAGUUACAACCGGUUUUUUAAAUUGGAAGAAAUUUUCUUUCAAAUCCUUUGAAGGAGCUCUCCAAGAAUGCAAAUUGGAUGCAUUGUUCAGCUGUUCUUCUUUUGGUCGUCUUGAUCAAGUUAUGGCCUUCUUCUGCUCUCUCUCUCUCUUUUUUGUAUUAGCUUUGAGAUUUUCAGUAGAGGUUGGGAUGUGGUUAUUCCAUCUUCUAUUUCUCUUUUGUACCUGGGGUAAGGUUUUAGUCCCCGCUUCUCCCCCCCCCCCCCCUGUUAUUUGAUUUUUUUUUAAAAGUACUUUUUGUGGUCCGCAAAUGAAAAUGGUGUGUGUGUAUGUAUUUUGUUUUCAUUUUUGGGUAUGCGAAAUGUAAGUGUCAACUAGGGAACUGUUAUUGUUGUGAAAGCUUUUGGUAUUGCUGGAUCACAUUGUUAGACUUUAAAUUGGUAAUCCAAUAUUUCUAUACAUUUGUUGCUAAA